AUUUUCUCCAACUUCAUCAUCACCACCUUAAUGUAAUUCAUGAGCCUAAGUUCCCCAUCCACCAACAUUCCCCGCCACAACCUACCCUUUUGAGGUUCGGUUGCUUGGCACUCACGUAACACCACCAUGAGUUUUAAUUGCCUUACCUGUGGCCAAAUUCUUCAAAGGGUAAAUUCUGAUAGGGAUGAUGAAUGUCUCCCACCACAAGAAACAAAGAAACCUAACAGGAAAGUGGCAAUGCAAGUUGAUAGAAGCUGGUCAAGGAACAUGACCCCACCCAAAUAUGCACGUAGUGGACCAUUGGUCAAGGUUAAGGCAGAACAUCAUAGACGCACCAAUAGUGAAGGGGAUGUUGGACCAAGGUUGGUAAGGAGCAGUGGCAUGAGAAGAGAGUGGAGUUUGGAGGAUUUGGCUGGGCAACAACAAGACAAGGGAGUUAGAUGCUAUUGAGAUAUCUAUCAUUCAUGGGCCAUAAAUUGUUGAAUUUUGUUGGACUUUUCCAUUAACAUUUUGUAUUCCUGUAUUCUUUGGGGGAGAAAGUAUUCCAUGAUCCCUUGACUACUAAGUGGUUAUAUUUUAGAUCAAUUUUCAAUUGACAUAUAAUCAAGAUUUUUAGUUUACUAGGAAGAGUUAAUAAAACUCGAUUAUGUGUGAUGUGAAAAUUAAAAUCAUGUAAUAAUUUCUCAAUUUUGAGACAUGUAAAAAGGGGAUUAGUGGAAUAUUCUAGCAUGGUCUUUUAAGCACUUGACAAUUUAUGGGAGGGUUUUUU